CGCGGCUGCACUGACCGGCGGUGGCCGCGCGGUGGCGGCAGCCGCGCGCCGCUGUCGCGGCAUGACGUCACGCUGGCGGUCGUGACGUCACGGGGCGGGGCGGUCCCUCCCGCCGGCGGGGACGAUGCUGAGCCGGCUGCAGGAGCUGCGCCGGGAGGAGGAGACGCUGCUGCGGCUCAAGGCGGUGCUGCACGAUCAGCUCCGCCGGCUGCGGGUGGAGGAGCUGGCGCUGCAGUCCAUGAUCAGGGCUGGCGAGGAGAACGUCCCCGUGGCCCUGCCAGCGCUGGCCGAGGACACUCAGCAGACUCUUGGGCAGAUGGACAAUGAGGCUGCCAUCAAUCAAACAGAGCUACACCUCAGUCUUCAGGAUGAUAAAGAGGAGGAGGAGGAGGAAGAGGAAUCUGAUUCUUGAGAGAAAAAAAAUCAGAGAUGGUUUUUAA